CGGUUUUCAUAGAGUAAAAACAUUCUGAUAAUUUUACUCCCUUUGAAUCAGACAGUUAUCUUUUCUAAAAAUUCAAAUAACAAUGUUGGUCCUUGUACUUGGUGAUUUACAUAUACCACACAGAUGCAAUUCACUGCCCGCCCGGUUUAAAAAACUGUUAGUACCUGGCAAAAUACAGCACAUCCUUUGCACUGGAAACCUGUGUACAAAAGAGUCGUUUGAUUAUUUGAAGACACUUGCAAGUGAUGUCCAUGUUGUGCGGGGUGAUUUUGAUGAGAACAUGAACUAUCCAGAACAAAAAGUAGUCACAGUGGGACAGUUUCGGAUAGGUCUCUGUCACGGUCAUCAAGUUGUACCCUGGGGGGAUAUUGAGAGCCUGGCUAUGGUCCAGCGACAGCUGGAUGUUGAUAUUUUGAUCUCUGGCCAGACACACAAGUUUCAGGCCUUAGAGCAUGAGGGGAAAUUCUUUCUCAACCCUGGAUCAGCUACAGGGUCUUACUAUGCUUUAGAUAGUAAUGUUAUUCCUUCAUUUGUCAUCUUGGAUAUCCAACAGUCAACAGUUGUCUCAUACAUCUACAAACUUAUUGAUGACGAGGUCAAAGUUGAAAGGAUAGAAUACCGCAAAUCCUAAACAAACAUUUUUUAAAUGUGCUGACUUUUCUGUAUGGACCAUUGAAGAGAAACAAAAAUUAAAUAAAACAAGAAGUUUUGUGAAGAAAAGAUGUCUUGUGUACCUCCAUUCUGGGGCCUCUGCACCAGUGUUGCAGCACUGAGUUCUCCAUCUUGGUCAUUAUAUUACCUGCUCUUUGUUUUUCAUCAUACUGUGUUACAUUUUUACCUUAUGAUAUAUAAGAGUUAUGGAUGAAACUGUGUGUGUUUCUGAAACUUUCUGAGCAAUUGAAUAAUAAAAACUAAGUUUGAUGCACUCAUUUUUGCUUACAUGUUUUAGACGCUGCAUUGGUUUUUAGAAGCAUAUUAAUAUUAAACUUAACAGUAUGUGUUUCAUCAAGGUGCAAUGUAUUUUAAAAGAAAUGAAUGAAUGUUAGAUAAUUUAAAUGAUAUUUACCUUUCCUUUAAUUGUUUUCAUUAUCUCCCCAUAAUGUUUUCUUUAUUAUGAAAAUAGUUUUUGCACAUAACUAGGUAAGUGGAAAUCCUAAAAAAAAAAAACAAUCAUUCAAAUUUAUAUUUUAUUAGUAAGACCAUUUGGAGCAAAAAAAAAAUUUUUUUUUAAUAGUGAAUGUCCUUUAAAAAUCACUUGAUAUUUAUUAUUAUGAUUUACUAUUAUUAUUUGAAAUUAUAGUGAAUGUCCUUUAAAAAUCACUUGAUAAUUGAUAUUUAUUAUGAUGAUUUACAAAUAUAAUUUGAAGUUAUAUUUAGACAUUUAGCCCUCGCUUAAAAUAUAUUUCUUUGUAAUAUCUUUAACUUUAAACUAUUUAUGAGGAAAAAUAGCUCCUCGGAAAAAACUUUUUGUUUUACAUUUGAACAAUUGCUUAAAAAAGGUACUUUUGAUUUUGGCUGAGCCUCUUAUUUUAAAAUUGUGUGAUUGACUGUUUUAAUUGAUUGAAUGUUAUUCUGACUGGGAGACAACUGCAGGCAUUUUUUCUUCUUUAUAUUUUGAUGAGGGGUAAAAUCAAGUACAUUGUGAUGUGUAUGUAUUCCACUGUCUGAUGCUAAUGAUAUUUUGAUUCCAGUCAAUCUUUUGCUUUAAUAGUCAUUUAAUAUUAUACAUGUCAUGUUGUCUAAGUAAAGAUACUAAUAAAUUAGCUGGUGUUUGUGAAUCAAAUAUUGUUUAUUUAUAUUAUCUGUAUUUUGUACAGUAGGCCUACUCAUAAAAUUUAAUUUCCAUUUCCUUCUGAUUUCUCAAGAGGUUAUUAAGAAUGGGAUUGUCUUUAAUGUUAUGUAGAAGUAUUUUGUCCAGUUGAAUAUUUAGCCAUAAUAACUAAAAUGGUUUCAGUAUUUCUGAACAUCUGGACAAAGAGAGAACAGAAUUUGUGAAUGUGUAAUUUUGAAGAUUUUAUUUAAUAGAUGAUUGUUUUAAAUUUUAUUUUUUCAGCAAAUCUUUUUUUGUACUUGAAGCCCAUAGACCCAGAAUUAGUGCACCAAUAUUGUCAUGUUUAAACAUUAAAAUAUUUUGUUGAUUG